AGCAUCAGAUCCUCAGCGCCCUGUGGGGUGGAGACAGCCCCCUCCGCGAUGCUGCGGCUCCCGGCCCUGUGGCUCGGGCUAGGGACCCUGCUCUGCCUGCCCCACAGCCCGGCCGGCCGACCCAGCACCCAGAGCCUCAGCAAGGGCGUGGACUGGCUGACCCGCUACGGGUACCUGCCCCCCCCAGACCCCAUGCAGGCCCGACUCCAGACUGCGGAAGGGCUGCACGACGCCGUCAGAAUGAUGCAGAAAUUUGCGGGACUGCAGGAGACGGGGAUUCUGGAUGACAGGACCCUGGCGAUGAUGGACCAGCCACGCUGCUCCCUCCCCGACAUCAUUGGCACCUCGGAGCUGAUGCGCCGGCGGAAGCGUUACGCCCACAGCGGCAGCGUCUGGCCCGUCAAGGAGCUGACCUGGAGGGUCCGCUCCUACUCCCAGGCGUCCGGCCUGCCCCGGGACCACGUCCGCACCCUGCUUUUCUACGCCCUGCAGGCCUGGGCCAACGCCUCGGCCCUGACCUUCCGCGAGGCGCCCGGCCCCGACGCCGACAUCCUGGUGGAUUUCAGCCGCUCCUUCCACGAGGACGGGUACCCCUUCGACGGGCCGGGCAGCACCCUGGCCCACGCCUUCUUCCCCGGGGAGCACCCCAUCUCCGGAGACACCCACUUCGACGACGAGGAGACCUGGAUCUACGACCCACAGGCCAAGCAGCAAGGUGCCGGCACCGAUCUCUUCGCCGUGGCGGUUCACGAGUUCGGUCACGCCCUGGGCCUGGCCCACUCCUCCACCAAGGAGUCCAUCAUGAUGCCCUAUUACCAGGGCCCCGUGGGGCUGCCCCACCUCUACCAGCUGCCCCCCGAUGACGCCCUCGGCAUCCAGACUCUGUACGGGAGGAGACAACUUCGCCCGGGGGAGGAUUCGCCGGCGCGGCCCAUCCCCACCCAGCCCCGCAUCCCCGAUCUACCACCCCACCGACCCACCCAGCAGCCCCGCCCGCCGGUCCCCGAUCGCUGUCAGGCCCAUUUUGACGCCAUCGCCAACAUCCGCGGGGAGGUUUUCUUCUUCAAGAAGAAGCAUUUCUGGAGGAUGCAGCCGGCCCGUAACCUGGUUUCCCUGGAGCCAGCACAGACGCAACGCUUCUGGAUGGGGCUCCCCUCGGAUUUUGGGGCGAUCGAUGCCGUCUAUGAGCGGAGUAAUGACAGCAAGAUCAUCUUCUUCAUUGGGCAGCAUUUCUGGGUCUUCACUGACACCCGGGUGGAUCCAGGGUCUCCCCGCCCCAUCACCGACCUGGGGCUGCCCCCAGGGGUCACAGUGGUGGCGGCCUUUGUCUGGGGGCACAAUGGCAAGACCUACCUCUUCGAGAGCUCCCGCUACUGGCGCUUCGACGACCGAGCUGGAAACGUGGAGCCCGGGUACCCCAGGUCGGUGACCCUCUGGAAGGGGGUUCCCCCUGGGCUGGAUGACAUUAUCAGCUGGAACGAUGGAAGCACCUACUUUUUCAAGGACACCCAGUACUGGCGGUUUCUGGGGGGCAGCGUGGAGGCUGAGAGUGGGUACCCCAGGUCAUCCCCCCAGGACUGGAUGUACUGCCAGGGUUCCCCCACCGCAUCGCCAGCCCCGGGGCCCCGGGGAGGAAGCAGGGAGCCUGGAGGUGGCCAGUGUCUCUGCAGUGGGGCCCUGCCGGACCCCCUGCCGGCCUUCCUGACUUGGACCCUGGCUCUGGCAUGGGCCCUGUGGUGACACCUGCCGUGCUGCGCCGAUGCACUUUACGCCCCACCGUAUCCCACCGCUGGCACCACAGGGCAGCUGGGUGCACAGAGACGGUUGCCUGUGUGCAGUAUCCCACUCCUGCCACCAGAGGGUGCAGCACGUCCAGGCGAACAGGAGAGUGUGC